AUGUGUUCGCCGAUUUCGGCAUUCAUAGCCGAGGCGGCUCUAAAACCGUUGGAAAUGCUGGUGUUUCGACAACACAAACCGAAAUUCUGGGCUCGGUAUGUGGGCAAAACCUUCGUUGGCAUCGAACAGGAUCAGACGGUGACAUUCAAAGAACGUCUCAAAACAGUCUCUACGUACAUUCAACUAAUGAUGGAGGAGGAGGAGGAGGAGGAGGAGGAGGAGGAGGAGGAGGAGGAGGAGGAAAACAACCAUGUGGCAGUUCUGGAUGUCCUCGUCUGCCACGAAGAUUGUGGUGGCCUUAAAACCAAAGUGUUUAGGAAAGCGACAAAUAUGACAAAGAUAUCGUCCACAUAG